AUGGCAGAUUAUAUGGAUGGAGAUGAUCCGAUUGCUGAACUUCUCAGUACAGAACCUCAUCAGGAGGAUAAUGAUAUUCAAACAAUUGAAAGAAAUACUAGUAGCAGCAAUAAUAGCAAUCAAAAUAACUUAUCAUUAACUCCCUUUCUAGGACAUGCAGAGUUACCUCCAAACAUCGAUAAUCAAACAGACCCUCACCAACAGCAUCAUGAACAGGAUAACGAAGAUACACACAGGAAGAGUAGCAUCGAACAACCAACUGGACAUACACCCUUGUUUAUUCCGGAAGAUCUUGCUACCCCUCAUAAUCAUCAAGAAUUAAUUUCCCAUGAUUUCCACAACCUGUUAUUCGAUUCAAAAUAUCAGCAUCAAGACAAUUUGGAUCUGAACCAUCGACAACUUCAACAACAAUUACAACUACCGAGAAUGAAACCUCUUUCCGAAAGCGUAAUACCCAAAAACAUCGGAUAUCCACAAUCAACAAUCGACGAUUUGAAACAACUUAUAUUGGCACAAAAUCAGAUUCGACAACAACAACAACAAAUCCAAGAAGCACAGCUGAGGUUGUUACAACCCGCUCCCAAACGUCGUAAAGAAAGCUCUACUCCAAAAACCCGUCCUGCAUUCGUUAUGAAAAUUUGGUCUAUGGUGAAUGACCCUGCGAAUCAAGAGUAUAUUAGAUGGAAUGACGAUGGGAAGACAUUCCAGGUUUUCCAUCGUGAAGAAUUCAUGAAGCUGAUAUUACCCAAGUAUUUCAAACAUAAUAAUUUUGCCAGUUUUGUAAGACAAUUGAAUAUGUAUGGAUGGCAUAAGGUUCAAGAUAUUAGGAAUGGUAGUUUGGAACUGGGUGUCGCGGAGGGGAAGGAUAAAGAUAAAGUAGAUGAAUUCUGGCAAUUUGAGAAUCCUAAUUUUUUGAGAGGUAGAGAAGAUUUGUUGGAUAAGAUUGUAAGGAAUACUACUAAAACACUCAAGGAAGAGGGCGUAAAUGAAGGAGGGAUUACUGGCACCGGCAGUGCACAUACAGACAGUACGAAUAUUACAUUAGCAUUGAUAUUGAAGGAAUUAGAAAAUAUUAAAAUGAAUCAAUAUGCUAUCACCGAAGAUUUGAACCGGGUAAGAAAGGAUAAUAAAACAUUAUGGCAAGAACACUAUGUCACCCGAGAACGUAAUCAAACUCAAGCUCGUGCAUUGGAUAAUAUAUUGAAAUUCCUUGCUGCUAUGUAUGGAAAUACCACUACUGGUAAAAUUCUUGAAGUCGAUUCUAGUCACUUAGGAGAUAUGAACAAUAUGAUGACGGAAUAUAGACCACAAUUAUCACCAAGAAUUCCCACUCGUAAUCCUGUUCCGAGCUCCAAUAUUCAUCUUGGGCAUUCCGAUAAUAAUGUAUAUCCACAAUAUCGUCCUCGUUUGAUGUUGACUGAAGAAGCCCAUAGACCUUCAACAUCUGGUAAUAUAACAAGAACAAAUUCUACACCGGGAUCAAUCGAAGAAAUCAUACGAACCUAUGAUCAUGAUAAAGCGUCCCAAAAUAACGUGAAUAGAGUAUUUCAGCAAUUAAUUCAAAAAGACAAUGCUCCUUCUCCAAGAUCACCACGCCAUUUAUAUUCGGACUUGGCUACCCCACCACCUCUACCAAUUGAUUCAAGAAGAGAAACCGAUGUAACUAAGUCAGAAGAUCCAGAAUUGGAAGAGUUAUUGGACGAUUUGGAUCAGAGCAUAUAUAAGCAAGGUCAAUCUAUUCAACAUGUCCAAGAUUGGAUCGAGAAACUAGCCGAACAGAAUGGAGAACAUCCCGCAGAAAGCGAUACAGUUGCACAUAAUGCUGAUGAUGUACAUGAAUUUGACGUCAAUGAAUUUUUGGCAGCUGAGACUCCAGUGGCUAGUGGUGCAUCCGCUCCUACAAAUAAUGCAACUUCCCCAGUUGUUGUUACGCCUGGUCUGAAUGCCACAAGUCCAAAUGAAGCAAAUCCUAAGAAAAGAUCAAUUCAAGAGGUGUAUGAAGGAAAUGAAAUUUAG